AGAAAAAUAAAAGACUUUUUAUGCCCAAAUUUACUUUUAUUAGGGAACACAUUCCUUUCAACAUUAAUUAGGAAUACGAAAUAUCUGGGAAAAACUUUCUUCAGAACAUUGGAGCAAUUUAUUAAAAAAGAAAGAGAAUCUGAAGGAACCAACUGGCAGCGCUCGCGCCGAUCAUCAGACCAAAAAACGUACCCAAAGAACUGCUACUUUUCUCCAAUUCAGUGCCUUUUAACAAGACAAUAA